UCCCCUUCUUUAAUUCAACCAUCCCCCCCUUCUCUCUCUCUACAGCAUCACCACCACCACCAUCAAAGAGGACAUAAUGAGAGAAGAAAUAAAACAAAAGGUGGUAGAUGCAUGAAAGACAACCUCUCUCUUUCCCUCUCUACCCUUAUCACCUUCCAUUCGUAAUCUAUUCCCCAUCUGCCAGAUUUCGAUCAAACCGAGUUAAUUUUUAUUUAUUUCUUCUACGCUCCACCAACCACCUUCUAUUCUUUGUCUCCAGGUCCAUUGGAUAUAUGGGUUUCUCUCAAUUGAUGUGUUCUCGCCUUAAGAAGUGUGUAUUUCACUUAUAGUUCUCUUAUUGGGCUUGUUUUCGUUCCUAUCCCUCCGAAAAAGGUGGUAGGUUGGUGGGUUGACUUAUUUUUGAAGAAGAGAGAUUAGGAAUUCUUUAAACUGAAAGAUUUGGAUGUACUGGGUUGAUUUGUUUGAUUUCUAAUUCUGUUUAUCAGGAAAUUCAAGGCCAUCGACUGAACCAUUGUGCUAUUACUAGGAUUACUGGAAUCAGCCAUGGUGAGCAUACGGAGGCGCAAACUCUUGGGACUUUGCUCUGGGCGAAGUUCUUUCUUUGCUCCAUUUCCUAGGUAUUUUGACAGUGCUACUGCUCCUGAAAAUCUUGUCCAGAACACAAAACCAGCCAGUGUUCAUCAGAUGCCUUCAGUUGAUGCUUACCAGCCAAAGGAUAAAAUUAUCUCCAAAAUAGGUAACGGAUCAUCUGACGCAUCGGGGUCUAGCUCGUCAAAGGAUCAACAUAUUCCAGUGCAAGAAGUCAAACGCAGAAAGCGACACAGGAGAAAGCACGUUGAAAACCAAGAACCAUGUGUAAUGAGGGGUGUCUAUUUCAAAAAUAUGAAAUGGCAGGCAGCCAUAAAAGUAGACAAGAAGCAAAUCCACUUGGGGACUGUUGGAUCUCAAGAAGAAGCUGCUCGUUUAUAUGACAGGGCUGCUUUUAUGUGUGGGAGGGAACCGAACUUUGAACUCGCAGAGGAAGAGAAGCAAGAACUCAGGAAAUUUAAGUGGGUGGAAUUCCUCGCAAUGACUCGUUCUGCAAUUACUAGCAAAAAGCACCAGAGAAGAAGUGGGGCAGGUAUGCAAAGAAAGGUCGAGCCUUCAAUGCAGAACAGUGACUUGGAGGGGGAGCAAGGAGUCGAUGGCUUCUCAGCUUUGGAAGAAGCAGAGCCAGACACAUCUGUCUCUUGAAAUCUUGAUUUUCAGAAAGAAGGCUGAACAACCUGGUUCUAACAGUUGUAUUAGCCAUUAAGACUCUUAUUUAUUUAGUUUUAAAUGGUGUAUAAAUGGCCCUAACAAGGUGGUUCAUGGUGGACUUUUAUCUCUGUUAGUAGCUGGUUUCUGUCUCCAACAAAACAAGGAGUUCAAUUUUACAUGUCUCUUAAUCCAUUUCAUGGGUAAAGCUUCAGUUUUAGUUUUAGGUAAGUUAAUAAACCCUAUUCAAUUAGUUGCUAGAAUGUAAUUAUUCGACCCAACCUCAACUUCUGUUAUUAUUGUUUUUCUUUCAAAUUGAACAUUCGGAAUUUUUAGUUUUUGUGGAAAGAAAAA